AACGCUCCGAUACAAAGUUCACAAGACGUGCGCGUACCCUUUACAUUUUACAUGUAUGUUCAGUACACGUGGCCCGCGCCUAUAAUUGAAACAUCGAGACUCAUUUCUCUGCAGGUCGUUCAUCAAAUUCACACCCAAUCUUCAAAUUUCAAGAGGUCAUAUACUAAUAGUCACUAACAACAUGCCUAAACACAAGAGUAAAGAGACCCUUCAAGCUUCAAGCAGCUCAGAAGACGAGCCUACUCCAAAGCGAUCAAAGAAGCCAGCUGCAAAGCCUGCUGCAAAGAAACCUGUAAAGAAAUCAUCCGAUGAAAACGACACCUCAGAAAUGUUUUCUCUAUCCAGACAGCGAUUUGUUAAUGUGAGAGAGUUCCGAGGAAAAGUCUUGAUUGAUAUCAGAGAGUACUAUGAAAAAGAGGUUGGCGAUCUUCUCCCCGGAAAGAAAGGAAUCAGUUUGACGGUGGAUCAAUGGAGGAAGCUAGUCAGCCAGGUUGAUGAUAUCGACUCCAGGAUUGAAGAGAUGGCUUGAGUUCUCCUUAGCGGGUUUCUUUCGUCGUCUUACUAUGUAGAAUAUCUAAUUAAUGGCCACAAUUAUCAAGUCUGUAAUAAAUUAAAUAUCUUACAAUGUCUGUCGCAAUAGACACUAAACUAUUGUAGUAUUUUAAGCAUUGACCUAAGAUUUAUCAUUAAAAGCAGAGUGUGUUGCACCAUCGAUAUUAAAGAUCACUAAUUUCUCCCCCGAAAAAGUCUACCACACUAAGUACAUAAUGAAGACUGUUAGCAAGUCUUCCUGCUAAUUUUUUUUAUCAGCUUGUAAUAUUUAUGUAAUGUAAUGUGCUAUUUAAGAGUAAUGAAGAUAUUGAAUUUACUGUAACAAUGCAGCUGUAGGCGAUUUUGAUGUACAUUUUCAUGCAGCUAUUGAUUAUCAAAAUCAUUUUUUUCUUCAUUAAGUUUCAAAAUAUUUAGCUUUAAGCUUUUCACAUCACUUUUAUCAUGUCAUCAUUUGGUUUUUCAUUGAGAGUUUUUCUCAUUUUAAAGUGCAUUUGCUUUAAUAUAGACCUGCAUUACAAAUAUAGGUCGUAGAUUGUCAUUUUGAAUAUAGUUUCAGCCUCAUGUAGAGUAGAUUUUCCUAAGCAAGGAUGCCCUAUAUUUGAUUUUCUUUUUCCCAAAGCCAAAGAGACCAAUUGUGGACAAGUUGGGAGACCCGAUAAUAGCUUCUAGCCAAUUCCUAGAUUGAAUUCCCUACAAUAUGAUUUCUUGAAUUAUCAACAGAAUCUUUGAAGUAAAAAGCAAAAACUAAAAAUGUCUUGAUUUGUACCAAAAAUAAAUUCAGUUAUGCAGCGACUAAUUUCCUUAUUUAAGUGCAAUAAAUUGUAUCAGAAUACCUGAGUACCUGAAUAAUCAUAGGGUCAAUCCAUCAGGUGGUUUUCUUGGUCCAAUCACCUGGAUAAGUAUUGUUAUGACACUUUGCCUCACUUUUGCCAAAACAUGAAGUACAGUACAGUGUAUGUACUAGACAGAUCUGUAAUACACCCAAAAAUACACAAAAGUAUUAUAAAUACAUGUAUUAUAAAUGGAGUCCAUCCGCACUUUAAAUAUUUUAUCCUUUGUGUUCUCUGUGAUGUAGUUAUACUUCAUAUCAUGUAUAUCUAUCUCUUGUAUAAAUUUAACCAUCAUAUUUCAUCAAUCAUUAAAUCAGAAUUUCUCUGAUUGUUUUAUAAUGAGUAGAUUUGAUACCUUUUUUCUAAUUUGCACUGUUUUUCUUUUUUAAUUAUCGUAAGGUGCAUCUUUUCUAUGAUAAACAUAUGUGUUUUGUGGUCUAUUAACUUGGCUAUUCUAAAAUUUGUAUUUGUAAUUAAUACCGUAAGUCUCCAAAGUGUACCUGAACAGUUCUGCUAUAAAUAAUAUUUCGUCCAUAGUUGGUUAAAUAUUACAACAUCUUCACAAAUGGAAAUACAUAAUUAAAAAAUGUCAAGAAAAACGAUGAUUGACAUUAGAUGUUGAGUUUUCCCCCUUCCCAAGAAUUGUCUCUCUCAGAUUUAAUCUGAAUCCAACUUGUUAAUUUCAUAGUCAUCCCCCAUCUCCCCCCCCCCCCCCCCCAAAUUCACGAUUCAUUUUAUUUGAUGUAAAUAGCAACUUGCUUUGAAAUAAAAAUUAAAAUAACAUCUGGGCCUUGUUUCAGAAGAAGAAAAAAAAUUCAGUAGCAAGUGGCAACCUUUUGUUAUAAGCCAUUUGAGAGAUACAAUCUAUGCAUGGGUAGAUAAAAGUCAUUUUUACAAAACUUUAAAACCCAUCGAGAAAAAUCCUGGAUAAAUGUUUGUGAACGUUAUUUAAUCAUUACUCAUAUAUGCAUCAAAGUUACAUUCUAUGAUGCACAGUUUCCCAGGCAACUGAAUUGUUCCGUCUUGUAUAAUCUGAUGGAGCUGACAAAUUAUAUUACAAGUAUUAUUAUCUGUACUUUUUUUGUAAGAGUAAGCAUUGAUUGUCUAUUCAGGGGCUUUUUGUUUUCACUAUUAAUAUUUAAAAAUUGUAAUAUGUAGAGAAGAAUAUUUAAUAUACCAGGCUCAUUCGUACUUCAAAUAAUAAAAAGAUAGCGAUGUAGUAA